UCAGGGAUGCGUUGAAUAAUGGGAAAUGAUCAAGCAUGAGUGGUCCUGUCAUUUUGAUUUCUUUGGUUAUUUUGUGUUUGGGGAUUCAUGGCAAUGUUGCCAAAGACUGCUCUGAUCCUGCAUCCAUACUUAUUCAGCUGAAAAAGGACAUCGAUCAGCUCAAAAGAGAAGGCUUGGACAAGUCCACCGACAAUCAACUCAGGACAAUACUAGAAAGCUUUAAAACAAGGAUAAGUACCAUCAUUGAUUGUGAGAUUGUUCAGACUUAUAAACGCACAUUAAAAGCACUCAUCAAAAAUAUUGGUAAAAUUUUGAAACUUCUUCGAAAAAAUGGAAAAGCAUUUAAAUCAUUCAAAACGCAGUUUACGAAAUCAAUAGAUGUAUUGCAAAAAAUAUCCCAAGACAUCGUAGACUGCAUUCAAGCUGUGAUGUUCAACCAACAGUUUUACAAUCAAAAGGAUGCAAUUGAAAAUAGUCAAGCAAUUAUAAAGAAAUUGACAGAUUUAAAGUCGAACUCCAGAGAGGUAAAGCAACUGCUGAGUAAGGCAAGGAAAUGGCAAAACAGUGUGAGUGGAGUAAGUGGAAAGAUACGAGGUCUAACACUCAAUGUUCCUAAUCCAAGAUUUUGUCAAAGUCCAUUCCCACCUCCUACUCCUGAAAAUGGAUUUGUUGCUCAACUAGUUACAAGUCCAUGCGUUUACGUAAUAUGGUGUAAGCCUGGAUACAAACUUCUUGGACGAUCCCGUUACGACACAGACUCGCCAGUGGACGACACAGAAACUGAGACGAAAUGUUUAGUUUCUGCAAUUGGAUAUUGGCCUCUUAAUAGACAGGAUGAAGGGAAGAACUUUGCGGACAAUUUUCACAAUCCCUCGACGGAUGAAACAAUUGCUGUAGAAGACGCCAAACUUAUUGACAUCAAAUAUCAAGACGGUAUUCAAGGAGGAAGACAGGGGUCUGUUCAGGUGUCAACAAGUCAUGGAUCGUCAUCAUGUAUCGAAAUACCUAAUGAGAACGGUUUGCUUACAUUUGUUGGAAGUUUCACGUGGCUGUUGUAUGUUCAACCGAGGAGAAGACAGGGAAAUGGAUUUUUGUUGGACUAUUCGACGUCUAAUAAGGUGAAAUUUAACAUACGGAUGGUCGAAUUUAAGUUAGUAACUACCAUUGUAACAUCAACUGGUGAGACAUUUGAGCACCAAUCUGAUACAGAAGUGUUCACGCUGAAAAACUGGGUUUAUAUUGGCGUUUCUUUUGAUGCUGAAACAAAUACAAUAAGACUGUUCAUUGACGGUGAACUCCUCUUUGAAAUGUCAAUUGAACCUGAAGGAGAUGUGUUAGCAGACUCAGAUAAGAUUGUUUUGGGUAAAUCGGCGACUGGAAAUGAAAUCCGAAAGAUGAGAUUCGCAUGUGUAAGUGCAUUCAAUCUUGCACUGAACGUAAGUGGGAUCCAAGAAGCGAUGGCUCGGUGUAUUCAAGCAAACCUUAUUGCCUCAUGGCCAUUUGAUAAACGAAAUGGACAACGGGAUGCAAGUGGUAAUGGGAACCAUGCAACGUCAUUCUUCACCAUGUUCGCCAGUGGAGUAUCAAAUGAAAACAAAGGCUCAAUGCAAACGGGCAAACGAACUUUAGACAAUGGCAAAGAACUCAUCACCUAUAUAGAGAUUCCAACUCUGAGAAUUGAUCGAGUUGUAACAUUCGCUGCGUACAUAUACAUUGACGACUUGGCGGAUAACAGUCCAAUAGUCGACUUCUCGAGUGCCGAAUCAACGGGCUUUCAGAUUUGGAUUCUAAAGGGUGGUCGUCUUUUUGCGAGGAUUGCCGAACUGGAUCAGACUGGCGAGACGGAUUCUAUCACAGUAGACAAAUACAAAGGGAAACCUGUUGUAAAGAAAGGCACCUGGCACCACAUUGCUUUCACAUAUAGCGGCCACACUGGUGUUGCCACGCUAUUCGUAGACGGAGAUCAAGUUGCCAAGAAAGUGUUAUCAACAUACAAAAAUGUCAUAUUUAGGCCAGGGUUCCUUGGGAAAACUUUAAGAAACAAUGCAUGUUUUAAUGGAAGGUUUACGUGUGUUCAGAUUUUUGAAGCACAACUCAACCAGGCUGAAAUAAUCGAGGCAAUUGGCAAAUGCAAGAAAUUACCAGCUGUGAAAGGAGGUACAAAAGAUUGCGGAAAGCAGCCAAUGAAGCCGAUGUUCGGAAGGAUAGUUGGUGGUCAACCGGCACUUGAAAACAGUUGGCCUUGGAUGGCACGUUUUACAUACAGGGGCUUUCACUUUUGUGGUGGUACUCUAUUUAAAGAACGUGUAAUCAUAUCAGCAGCUCAUUGUUUUAAUAGAUACGCUGGAAGGGAGAAUCCUUGGGAAAAUAUAAAGGUCUAUAUUGGGUCACACCUGACGGACGACCCUUCGCGAACUGAACAGGAGUUUGAAGUCGAGACAAUUAUCAUGCAUCCAGACUUCAACAGUUUAACAUUCGAUAAUGACGUUGCCAUGGUGUUUUUGAAACGAGCCGUAAAGUAUAAUGAUGGAGUCCAGCCUGCCUGUCUGACAGACAGAGAAGUCGAAGACGAUUAUGAAUGUAUUGCGACUGGAUGGGGGAGAACACAAAAUGCAAAUGAGACGACUAAUCUUCUUCGGCAGGCUAAAAUCCCAAUUCGCAACCGUACUGUGUGUAACCAGAGGAUGCAAAAUGAUGUCAGCAAUAAUAUGAUUUGUGGUGGUUAUUGGGAAGGUGGAAUAGAUACAUGUACCGGUGACUCGGGUGGACCUUUGAUGUGUCAGUUUGGAAAGGACCCUACCUAUAGGCUCGUGGGAAUAGUGAGCUGGGGAGAAGGGUUUCUAUGUGGAUCGGAAAACAAAGCGGGAAUAUACACGAAUGUGCUGGUUUACAUCAAAUGGAUUACAAACAACGUUAAGAUACCAGAAACGACUACUAAAGCAACCACUACUACCACCACUACAACAACACCCAUGCCUACCACCAGUGUUCAAACAACAGUACCUACACAACUUGGAUUCCGCGGAAUUCAUUGGACAUCGUUUGAUCAGUGUUUGGAUUGCAUAUGCGAGGCAAGUGAAAAUGGAUGUUUGGAGGGUCUUACUAAGUGUUUUAAGGACAAUAAGGGUGUCGAAAGAUGCGGUCCAUUUGCCUUAUCAGAGACAGAUUGGUUUUCCUGCAAUAAACACGGAGUAACCAAUGGUUUCAAUUGGAAAACGUGUGCAAUUCAUAAAGUUUGUUCACGUGAUUGUGUGAGUUACUUCCUGAAGAAAGAAGGGAAUACGUGUUUCCUUGAAGAAGUAUGCGAGGACUAUGCAAGGCUUUGGUACUUUAAACAACCAUCCUCGUGUUUUUUUCAUGAUAUGAAUGUGGACUUCUACUGGAGUAGAAUAGAAACUAGCAAGUGUUACGGUGGAACGCUGUGCUUAGACUGCAUUUGCCACGCAAGCGGCUGUGAGACUAAUUUAGGAAAAUGUGUUAUCGAUGAAGGAGUGGAGCGUUGCGGACCAAUGCAGAUCAGUUUCGAAGCAUGGAAAGAAUGCGGACGACCAGGGGGUGAUUUCAAGAAAUGCACAAUGAGCUCGAUGGCGUGUUCAAGGCACUGUGUCGUGAAAUAUCUCAACAGAUAUCGUGGAGACUGUACAAGGAAGUCAAAUCCAGCUGACAUUACUUGUGAGGAAGACGCAAGACUCUGGUUUGCAGGGCCAACUAAUGGAUGCAAAGAUAUGCAAAAAUGGACGACGGAAUAUUGGGAGAGAGUGGAACAUUGUUUAGAGGCAAGAUCAGGGAAACAGUAGUGUAUUCACAGUGAAAUAUUGUGCACGUGGCUCUGUUUCUCUUAGUCGUAAACAUCAACAUUGAUAAUGAACUAGAAUCGUCGUGUGUGCAUCACAUCUAACGACAAUGACAAUUUGUUGAUAUCCACUUUUUAUUGAAUGUCGACCUACAUCGUCGACUAUGUUCAUGACCUUCCAUAAUAGAGUAUGAACCAUAUGCAGUAUACGAAAUCGCUGAUUGGAACAUCUCGUCUUUGAGUUGUUUCAAAGAGGCAACGUACACAUUAGAAGAUGAAACAUCAUGGAUGAAAAUAAACAUAAUGAUGGUAAUAGCAUUGAAGUAUAAAUGGAAUAAUAUAUAUAAGUCACACUUUUGUCACGGCUUUUCAUUCUUAUGUACGUGUCGAAUGACGCUACUCUGCUGAACACGACACCGCUGUUAGUUUUAAAUCAAGAUGUAAUCAUCUCCUGAAUCUUGUAAAAGCAUUAUACUAUAAAUCGCAUGGAGAUUUAUUUAUGGAAAGACAUUAUGUUGUAUAAAACUAUGCCGAUGCUAUGAUACUUACAUGAAUGAUAAUUGUUAAUAUAUGAAGCGAAGACAUUGGUACGCUGAAUGCUAACAAUUUGACAGAUGUAAGUUAUGCUAAGGCCAAAUAUAUGCUAAUGAAAUAAAACUGUGUGUGUGUUA